CCUAAACACAGUGACAUUUGACGCUUAAUAUCCGAUUUGCAUGUUAGUCAAUGCGCGAUGUCGGUGUAGCUGUGAUAAACAAUUUCUCGUGAUUUUGAAAAUGACAAGCACAAAUGAACGCCGCCAGCUUGAAAUGGAAUUAACCGACCUCAUAGAUGCUGAAAAUUUAAGGGGGUAUGAAACUCUUUGUCAACUAAAAAAUGCUAAUAGGUCGCUCGUAAAUCAUAUAUUUGUCUACAGGAAGGAUGCAGCAUUAGCUUACAACAACAGGGGACAUAUAAGAUAUUUGCAAGUGAACUUUGAUGGAGCAAUAGAAGAUUAUGACAAAGCAAUAGCAAUCGAUCCUGACCUAGCAGUUGCAUAUUACAACAGAGGAACCGUUUUUUACAGACUAGGAAACUUUGAGGAUGCACUGACAGACAUGGAACAUGCUGUAAGACUGGAAGCAAAAAAUGGAGAAUUUGCAGAAGGACUAACUGCUUGUCUUACAAAGAAAAAUCAAGUAAUUGCAAAAUAAUAUUCUUUUGUAUUAAAAUUCAAUCUGCUUGACAAUCCAUGCAAUAAUUUGCAAUACAAAUAAAUUUGUAACUGAAA